UGACGAAGUAUCGACACUCUCCACGCGAGUUUAUUUUCAUUUCAAUGUAUAAAAAUUUUGUAAAUAGCGCUCUUUAAAUUAACUAAACAUUGGUAUUAAACAACUAACGUAGCGGCGAUGAGUACAAUUCUGGAAAAAAUUGCGGCCAUUGAGUCGGAGAUGGCACGCACGCAAAAGAACAAGGCAACGUCUGCCCAUUUGGGUCUACUGAAAGCCAAGCUGGCCAAGCUGCGCCGUGAGCUUAUCUCGCCAAAGGGCGGUGGCGGUGGCACGGGUGAAGCCGGCUUUGAGGUGGCCAAGACGGGUGAUGCGCGGGUGGGCUUCGUCGGCUUCCCCUCGGUGGGCAAGUCGACGUUGCUAUCGAAUUUGGCUGGUGUUUACUCUGAGGUGGCGGCCUACGAGUUCACAACGCUUACCACUGUGCCGGGCUGUAUUAAGUACAAGGGUGCUAAGAUCCAGUUGCUCGAUUUGCCUGGAAUCAUUGAGGGUGCAAAGGACGGAAAAGGUCGCGGUCGUCAGGUGAUUGCUGUGGCGCGCACCUGCAAUUUGAUCUUCAUGGUUUUGGACUGUCUCAAGCCACUGGGCCAUAAGAAAUUGCUAGAGCAUGAAUUGGAGGGCUUUGGCAUACGUUUGAACAAGAAACCGCCAAAUAUUUACUACAAGCGCAAGGAUAAGGGUGGCAUUAAUCUCAAUAGCAUGGUGCCCCAAUCUGAGCUGGACACCGAUCUGGUCAAGACUAUAUUGUCGGAAUAUAAGAUACACAAUGCGGACAUAACGCUACGUUAUGAUGCUACUAGCGACGAUCUGAUCGAUGUUAUUGAGGGUAACCGCAUUUACAUACCGUGCAUCUAUCUGCUGAACAAGAUUGAUCAGAUUUCCAUCGAGGAGCUGGAUGUCAUCUACAAGAUACCGCAUUGUGUGCCUAUAUCAGCGCAUCAUCACUGGAACUUUGAUGAUCUGCUGGAGUUGAUGUGGGAAUACUUAAGACUGGUUCGAAUCUAUACCAAGCCCAAGGGGCAGCUGCCCGACUACAGUUCGCCGGUGGUGCUGCAUAAUGAACGCACAAGCAUCGAAGACUUUUGUAAUAAGCUGCAUCGGUCUAUUGCCAAGGAGUUUAAAUAUGCGCUGGUCUGGGGAUCUUCUGUGAAGCAUCAACCGCAAAAGGUGGGCAUUGAGCAUAUACUCAAUGACGAAGAUGUGGUGCAAAUUGUGAAAAAGGUCUAAGGCCUGUUAAUACAUAUAUAUAUUCUUUGGAUUUUAAUUGUGUUUGCAUUUUUUUGAAAUAAAAACGCGAAUUGCGCUGACAAUUAGGCAGCGUU